AUGAGUGCCACCACAACAAUUACCAGUCCGCCUGAGAUCACGGUAGACAACGUCGCCACCCUCUUUCCUGAGGUCGAUACAUCACUUGCCCGUGAAAUCCUCCCCACAAGCCAAACAAAGACUGCGCACAGCAGCGAGCUUGAGGGCUACGAUGAGGAGCAGGUUCGCCUGAUGGAUGAAGUUUGCAUUGUUUUGGAUAACAAUGACCGGCCCAUCGGAAGUGCCAGCAAGAAGAUCUGUCAUCUGAUGAGUAACAUCGACAGGGGUCUCCUUCAUCGCGCCUUCUCGGUUUUCCUUUUCGAUUCCAAGAAGCGUCUUCUGCUCCAACAGCGCGCCACCGAGAAGAUUACCUUCCCCGACAUGUGGACCAACACCUGUUGCUCUCACCCCCUUGGUAUUCCUGGUGAGACUGGAGCUGAGCUGGAUGCUGCCAUCAUGGGCGUGAAGCGUGCUGCACAGCGCAAGCUAGACCAUGAACUGGGGAUUAAGGCAGAGCAGGUACCCCUGGAUAAGUUUGACUUCCUCACAAGAAUUCACUACAAGGCCCCCAGUGAUGGAAAGUGGGGUGAACAUGAAGUGGACUAUAUCCUCUUCAUCCAGGCUGAUGUCGAUCUGGAGCCCAGCCCCAACGAGGUCCGAGACACCACCUACGUCUCAGCUGAUGAGCUUAAGGCGAUGUUCGAGCAGCCUGAACUGAAGUUUACCCCUUGGUUUAAGCUCAUCUGCAACUCUGUGCUGUUCGAGUGGUGGGGCCACCUUGAUACUCCGGCCUUGGAUAAAUACAAGAAUGAGCAGGAGAUCCGUCGCAUGUAA